CCGAAGCCGAAUUUAGCAAAAGUAUUGUAAGGACAAGAGGUAACGGAGAUUUGUAGCGUUAUUGUUAACUCGAGUUACGUUAGCUAAGCAAAUGGCAACGCUGUGUUAGCGGUUAGCGUUGGACGGAAGCUAGUUUGUUAGACGGAAACGGAUUUGUCAUGGAUUAGCUAAAAUGGUUAUUGGUGUAGCGUAUCGCAGUACAACAAAAAUUAAACGUUACAGAAAGGAAAUCUUAAAGCAGGUAUCCCUUUACGACAGGACAGACGUGGAUAUAUUUGAUUGUCGCAUUAGGCUAGCAUCAUAUUAUUCUAACAAAUCAAAUUCAGCCACUAGUCGCGUUUAGCUGAUAGCUUGCUUUUAUGAAUUAGCUAGUGAAUAGGAUUAGUAGUUAGUUUAGAAGAGCCAGACUGCAUCUCACACCGCCCUUAUCCAUCCGUAAUCCUUAUAUUCGCUUGCCAUAAAUAAUGUACGUUCCUGUAGCCUCUUAGGGAUAUAGAUGUUUGUGUAACAGAUUAUGUAACGUUAAGACAUGUGCUCAUGUUGUUAUUUUUAUUGCUACCCAGAAAAGUAUGUCGAGGUUGUUUCUGGCAUGUUGAUGGGCAGAUGAGUUUGAUAGGUGAGCAAAUCAGUCAAUAGCUAACAGCUGUUGAAUUUUAGGCCUUGAACGUUGAGUUCACAAGAUGCAGUGUGCAAGAAAGAGGGUUUUGUUCAGAUCUGAAUAUUUGGUUCGUCACUAAAACCAAAUUAUUAAAUUGUUUUCUUCAGGUGAUAUUGUCUUGUUUGGCAUGACGACCUCACAGAGAUAUAUUGAAUCCAAACCAGCAGCCCGGUUUGCUGACAUGGAGUGGCAGACACCAGCUGUGUCAGAGAAGUUCCAAAGCCGUUUUGGCCGCCGGCCUGGAACAUCGGACAGUGGGGACACUGGUCUUGGCACCUCCGCAUCUGACAGCACAGAAGACUUCUGCAGUUCCAGCAGCAGCCCUCCUUUCCAACCCAUCCGCAGUCAGAUUCCCAUACCCACUGCACAUGUCAUGCCAUCCACGGCCGGAGCCCCGGCCUCUAAGCCCCGGUCAUGUGUCCAGGAGGAUUCCCUGUCCUCUCUUGAGGGUCACAGGUCUUCCUCUGGCUCCAGAACCCCAAGUGGCUCCACAUCAAAGUCUUCCUCUCUCUCCAAAUCAGCAUCUUCGCCCAACUUGGAUGCUCAGACUGGUGUCGGGGGUGAUCUUGCAGCACAAAAGCCAGACUGCUUGAGCCGCUACCGCAGUCUUGUGAAUGGGCUGGACCACUCACUUUUCCCCUCAGAUCACACGCGGGUGGAUGAGGGCCAGAGGUUUGACACUCCUGCUGUGGAGCCCACACUAAAUCAGUCAGCCCUGCUUGGGGGGUUAUGCCCUGAUGUCAGACUCCGAUUACAGACGACCGGGAUUAGGGACGCCUCAGACUGUGUCUCUGAGUCCUACAGAGGAGGCAUGGAGCACAGCUAUAAAGUUCUGCCUGAAGCCAGGGCUGGGGUUCCCGGCACACCAGAAACCUCUAAUCAGAGGAGUAGUCAGUCUGGUGGAGGCGGAUCCACUGGAGUUUAUGCAAACCCUCUCAGCCUGCAGACACAGGCUCUGCUGAGAGAGCACGCAGGCUCCAAGGGUUAUGAGCCAUUGCGGCAGGACAGAUGUAGUGAAAUGUCCAGCUGGCAGCAACAACAGCAACAUAAGCAGCAACUGGAGAGUUUACGCCUGCAAGUGGAACAGAUGCAGUUGAUGAGUGCUGGAGUGAGUCAGUACCCAUCCCUGUACUCAACACCCACUCACUCAGAGUCUGGCAAAUGGGAUGCUUUGGUCAAAGCCAGUGAGAGUCUCCUAAAGGAGAAGGAGCUUAUCAUUGAGAGACAAAAGCAGCACAUGGCCCAGCUGGAGCAACGUCUGAGGGAAAGCGAGCUGCAAGUCCAUGGAGCCCUCCUGGGCCGUGGAGCUUCUUAUGGGGAUAUGUGCAUGCUGCGGCUACAGGAAGCUCAGAGGGAGAAUGCCUUCCUGAGGGCGCAGUUUGCUGAACGCACUGACUGUGCUGCCCUGGAAAAGGCAGAGGCAGAGCACAGGCUGGGGGCAGUCGAGGCUGAGACGCGCCGACUAACUGAGAGCCUGAAGGAGACCUGUGAGAGACACGCAGAGGAGAUGAAGAAACAGGAAGAGAGGAUUCGCAGUCGAGACAAGCACAUCAACAACCUGAAGAAGAAGUGUCAGAAGGAGUCUGAGCUGAAGAGAGAGAACCAGCAGCGUAUUGAGACUCUGGAGCGCUAUUUAGCUGACCUGCCCACCUUGGAGGACUACCAGAGCCAGAACAAGCAGCUUCUAGAAGCUGAACAGCAGGUGGCUCAGCUCCAGGAGAAAGUACGAGAAUUAGAGGUCAGCCUGGAGACGACGCAAUCGCAACUACGUGAAAAAGACGCACAUUUGGAGGAACAGAAACGCAGGGAAAGAGACCUGCUGACCACCAUUACUGAUAUGCAGCAGCGGGUACAGCAGGGCCUUGAGGAUGGAGCCAGACUGCCUUCCCUGGAUAUCGAGAAGCUCAGAGGAGAGAACAACACUCUGAGAGAAGAGCAGCAGAGACUCAAAAAGGUCAUUGAGAAGCAACACCGAAUGAUGGAACAGCUUGGCUCCCAGAUCCAGGCUUUGGAGGAGCAGAUAGUUCAGGAGGAGAGCAGCUCUCAGGCUCUCAGAGAAGAGGUGCUGUCCAAAGAGCAGAAUGUGUUAGAGCUCCACACAGCCAUGAAAGAGCUGUCAGCCCAGAACCAAGAACUGAUGGAGCAGAAUCUGACCCUGCAGGAGCAAAUGAGCGACCAAGAGCCGAGGAGCACUAGCCAGGCUUCCUCUGCCCUGCAGCCGGCCGGGGCUCGUCUCACACAGAGGCUGCAUAUGGAGAUCGCUUCCUGCCUCAGUGACCUGCGCUCAUUGUGCAGCAUUCUGACCCAGAGAGCUCAGGGGCAGGACCCCAACCUCUCCCUGCUGCUUGGCCUCACGUCACCACCACAGGUGACGGAGCAGGAAGAGGACUGGAUGAGUCCAGAGGUGCUGCAGAAGAAGCUGGUUGAAGCUCAACAGCUCCGUAGAGAUGUAGAGGAGCUACGCAAUGUGAUCCUGGACCGUUAUGCGCAGGAUAUGGGAGAAAACUGCAUCACUCAAUAACAUCAGCACCCACUUGAUGUAAGGAAUUUGCGUAACCCCACUUCACCUGCGUAGCAUCUAAAACAGGCUCGUCUAUCAGAUACUGAAUGUCAGAAAGAGGACUGGAUUUUAAUAUUCUUAAAAUGAGGACAGAGGAAAACCCAAAUGGUUUAGCUUCUCCUUCUUUUAACUGACUGAACGUUGGUUCACAAGCCUGCCUGUAGCUCAGAGCCCUCCCUCCCUUCCCCCCCUGGUGAGUUCAUCUAUUUCAGUCCAAGGGCUAACAGAAAAUAACUUACCUCUAAUACUUGAUCCUUAAGCAUUGUUUGUUUGUGUGUGCGUGUAUGUGUAUGGGUGUUUUUUGGUUUUUUUAUAAUGUUGACAUGAAUACUGUCAGUUACCAAACAGUCUUAUACUUUUUGUUCCACUCCAGUAGAUAAAUAUUUGUGUAGAAGUCCCACAAAUAUAAUUUAUUUAAUUCUUAAUUUCACUCUCGAGGGGAAUUAUUCAAGAAGUGGUUGACAAUCAACUGAAACUAUUUUAAUCUGUGCUUUUAACUGAAUUCACAAGGAACAUGUUACUAACAUGCCAUUAUUUAAAAUGGUGAAUACUGUAACAUUGGACUCUGCUGUGAGGUAUAGGACUUGACAACCGAAGGGUUUAAUACCAAAUCAGCUUCUCGCACCAACUGGCCUGCAGCAGCAGCUUUAUUACCAAAGAAACUCCGGUCAGAGCAGUUGUGCAAGUCUGUGAAUGUCUGUGAAUGCUUCUCUCUGCUGCAGGCCUCAUUCUGAAUGAAUACCCACACCAUGUGCCUUUCUGUCGCAUUUGCAGCCACAAUGCUAAUUCAUUUUUAGACCAACCACAAAGGGCUGUUUGCAGCAGACUCUUCCAAUAUGACCUUCCACUCAUUGUAUCAACCAGUAGGAUAGUCUAUACAUUCCCUGACUCUGAAUGUAACAGAUAAUUUUGGGCCAUGUCACAGAGUGUGUGGAGGCCCCCUACACUGUUUUUUUUUUUUUUUCUUCUCCCUGGUAGAUACGUCAACUUAGUUGAAACUCUUGAGUCUGUGUGAUGUAUGUUGAAUCUGCUCCAUGUAGAUCUUCACAGUAUACUGUACAUUUCAGGUUGAUAACAGCUGACUCGCGUUCGACAGUAUUAAUCAUCAGUAUUAUUUAUUUAUUUUCUUUGUUUGCAUUGACAACUCAGCGAGUCCUCCUAACGUGUUGCUGUAACAGUGUGCUAAUGUGUUUAAGCAAACUUGGCAUCUACAAUGUGUAAAGGUCCCAUGAAGUGGCUUUUUUAGUACUCUGCUCCUGUGAUUUGAGGUGUGUUGUAUUAGAUAAGAAGUUGGCGCUGGUUUUAAUGUCGGGAUGGACAAAGACUGGCAGCAGUCAUUGAUGAUCCUUCACCUUGUACAGGUGGAAGUGGGACAAGUUUUAAUCCCACAGGAUGUUAUGAGGGGUUGGCUGGAUCACCCCGAAAUCACCAAUAACUUUGUACUGGAUGAAAUUUUAUAUUCGCCCUGAGUGCAGGAGAAGCCAUUUAAAGGAAAAAAUAACUAGACACUUUACAGGAAUAGAAAGGCAUUUUAAUACAAAAAUAUGCAACAAUGACAUUUUUGGACAAAAAUUGUACACAACAACCCACCCAGGGACACACAAGCCAUUUUCCAUUUCAUGGGACCUUUUUGGAAAACUAAAUUAGCACAAGAUUUAUCUUUGGAAAGUCAGGCUCCGCAUGCCUUAACAUCUCAAAUGUUUUUGCAAAAGGGAAAAAGAUGUUUAUAUUUUCAUACUUUUGUCCUUGUUUGUAUUUGCAUAUUUUAGAAAUAAAGAUUUUCAAAAUGUU